AGCUCCAUGAAGUCUCCCCGGGGCCGCGGACGGGGCGCUGUCCUGGGGAGGCUGUCGGGGGAUCCCCGACACCCAUGGCUAGGCGGGGGCCGCGGCGGCGCGCUCGGAGGCCGGCGGCGGCGGCUGCCCCGAGGGACGGGGCCCUAGGCUGCGGCGAUGGGGGCCGCCCGGAUCGCGCCCGGCCUGGCGCUCUUGCUGUGCUGCCCAGUGCUCAGCUCCGCAUACGUGCUGCUGACAUAAUGGAAUCAGGCAAAGGAUGGGCAUCUGCAUCCACAUCAGGGAAGCCCAAGAAAGAGAAGCCAUCUGGGAAGCUCUACCCUGAGUCUGAGGAGGACAAGGAGGUGUCCACUGGCAGCAGGCACCGAGGGCGCCCCUGCCUGCCAGAGUGGGACCACAUCCUGUGCUGGCCGCUGGGGGCACCAGGUGAGGUGGUGGCCAUGCCCUGUCCUGACUACAUUUAUGACUUCAAUCAUAAAGGCCAUGCCUACCGUCGCUGUGACCGUAAUGGCAGCUGGGAGCUGGUGCCAGGGCACAACCGGACAUGGGCCAACUACAGCGAGUGCGUCAAGUUCCUGACCAAUGAGACUCGUGAACGGGAGGUGUUUGACCGCCUGGGCAUGAUCUACACUGUGGGCUACUCCGUCUCGCUGGCCUCUCUCACCGUGGCUGUCCUCAUCCUGGCCUACUUUAGGAGGCUGCACUGCACACGCAACUACAUCCACAUGCACCUGUUCCUGUCCUUCAUGCUUCGCGCCGUGAGCAUCUUCGUCAAGGACGCGGUGCUCUACUCCGGCGCCACGCUGGAUGAGGCUGAGCGCCUCACGGAGGAGGAGCUGCGCGCCAUCGCCCAGGCACCGCCGCUGCCCGCCGCCGCCGCCGCCGGCUACGUGGGCUGCCGGGUGACUGUGACCUUCUUCCUUUACUUCCUGGCUACCAACUACUACUGGAUUCUGGUGGAGGGGCUGUACCUGCACAGUCUCAUCUUCAUGGCCUUCUUCUCAGAGAAGAAGUACCUCUGGGGCUUCACGAUCUUCGGCUGGGGUCUGCCCGCCAUCUUCGUGGCUGUGUGGGUCAGUGUGAGAGCCACCCUGGCAAACACCGGGUGCUGGGACUUGAGCUCCGGGAACAAGAAGUGGAUCAUCCAGGUGCCCAUCCUGGCCUCCAUUGUGCUCAACUUCAUCCUCUUCAUCAACAUUGUCCGGGUCCUCGCCACCAAGCUGCGGGAGACAAACGCUGGCCGGUGUGACACGCGGCAGCAGUACCGGAAGCUGCUCAAAUCCACACUGGUGCUCAUGCCGCUCUUUGGCGUCCACUACAUCGUCUUCAUGGCCACGCCAUACACCGAGGUCUCAGGGACGCUCUGGCAAGUCCAGAUGCACUACGAGAUGCUCUUCAACUCCUUCCAGGGAUUUUUUGUCGCCAUCAUAUACUGUUUCUGCAACGGCGAGGUACAGGCUGAGAUCAAGAAAUCCUGGAGCCGCUGGACAUUGGCACUGGACUUCAAGCGCAAGGCACGCAGCGGGAGCAGCAGCUACAGCUACGGUCCAAUGGUGUCUCACACAAGUGUGACCAAUGUAGGGCCCCGCACGGGACUUGGCCUGCCCCUCAGCCCCCGCCUGCUGCCUGCUGCCACAGCCAAUGGCCACCCCCAGCUGCCCGGCCACACCAAGCCAGGGUCCCCAGCACUUCAGACCACACCACCUGCCGUGGCCGCUCCUAAGGACGAUGGGUUCCUCAACGGCUCCUGCUCGGGGCUGGAUGAGGAGGCGUCUGCACCGGACAGGCCACCUGUCCUAUUGCAGGAGGAAUGGGAGACAGUCAUGUGAUUGGGGACCUGAGGGUUGGACCUGUGGACAUAAGGGUGGACAAGCGGACCAAGAGACAGGUUGUUGGACAGUUGCCCACUCAGGACUGGGG